UGAAGACACAUGUCAACUUCUUCUCAUAGUCAAAUACUCAACGACAAAUACCUCUAUGAGCUUGAUAUUUUUAGUUAGCACACAGUAAAAGAUAGUGUUCUCUCUCUCUUUUUCAGUUUUUCCUCAAUCAGGGGUCAUUUCCUUAUUAUAUUAUAGUGACAGUGUUUGGCCUAAACGAGAUUCCCCACAUUCUUCUGCAACAUCAAACUUGUCCUUCCUAAAAAAUCUCACAUUCUUUCACCUCUGUUGUGUCUCCAACAAUAACAUAUACCUGUUAACGUGCUCUACUGAGUUGAUGACGGAGAAAUGUGAGCAACGACUGCUCUAGGAAUCUCACCUCCUGGCCCUUAAGCAGUAAUUAGCCAACAUGGCGCUGGGAAAGAAUUCCCGAGGUGAUGGGAGGAAGUUGUCAAACUACUGUUCAACGGUCUCUGUCGCUGUGUUCGUUGCAUUUUGUUUAGUUGGUGUAUGGAUUGUAAUGUCAUCCAUUGUUCCAAUUCAGAAUUCAGUCAUUCAGGUAUCUGAGACUGAUACCAUUAAUGAUGUUAAAAAUGUAGCAAGUGAUUCCAAGCAAUUUGAAGACAGAUCUGGUGAUAUAUCAGAAGAAUCAACACGGGGAGAUAGCCAGACUAAAAAAUCUCAGAGUGGUGAUAGCCAUCCAGAAAACCUGGAUGACCAAAAGGGAAUUGUAAAAGUGUCUGAUAAUACCGAGGAAGAAAACCAGGAGGCUGUUGGGGACAACUCAGAUGAAAAGAAUGAUUUGGAGGAGGGUCUGGGGAAUACUAUUGAGGAGAAUGAUCAAAUGAGGAAUGUCAAGCCGAGCACUGACGAGAAGGAGAAAGAAUCAGAUGGAAGCUUAAAUUCAGAAUCCAAAGAAACAUCAAAUGAUCAAAUUCAUGAUGAUGAACUUGAAGGAUCAAUGGAAACUUUAGAUGAAAAAGAAUCUGACAAGAGCGCAAAUGAUAAAAAAUUAGGGACAGAAAAGGGUAAGGGUGAAGUCACACAACAAGAUGAGAUGGUUGGUGAGACUGAGGAGGAGAAAAUAAAGAAAAAUCUGCAUUCAGAGACAACACAAAGUACUGGAGGGAGUAACACAGAAAGCCAUGAAAACAAUCCAGCUUUAAAAGAAGUUUCUAUUACUGGUACCCCAUCAGAAACUUUGAUUGAAACUAGCACUGAAAAUGGAACAUGGUCAACUCAAGCUGCAGAGUCACAGCAUGAGAAGGAAUCACAGAAGUCUUCGGUUUCUAUUGACAGCAGAACAUAUGACUGGAAACUUUGUAAUACAACUACUGGAUCAGAGUACAUUCCUUGCCUUGACAAUUGGCAAGCAAUUAGAAAGCUUCAGAGCAUAAGGCACUAUGAACAUCGUGAGAGGCACUGUCCUGAUGAAGCUACCACUUGUCUUGUUUCUCUGCCUGAGGGUUAUAGAAGCCCAAUUAGGUGGCCCAAAAGCAGGGAAAUGAUAUGGUACAACAAUGCUCCACACACAAAACUUGUUGUAGAUAAGGGUCAUCAAAACUGGGUCAAAGUUACUGGUAAAUACCUUACUUUUCCAGGUGGUGGAACUCAGUUUAAACAUGGUGCUCUUCAUUACAUUGAAUUCAUUCAGAAAUCUCUUCCCAAAAUUGCAUGGGGGAAGAGAAGUCGUGUGAUAUUGGAUGUUGGGUGUGGGGUAGCCAGCUUUGGAGGCUAUCUGUUUGAAAAAGACGUUCUGACCAUGUCAUUUGCUCCAAAAGAUGUGCAUGAGGCACAAGUGCAAUUUGCACUGGAACGGGGAAUUCCUGCCACAUUAGGUGUCAUGGGCACUGUAAGAUUACCCUACCCCGGUUCUGUCUUUGAUCUUGUCCACUGUGCUCGUUGUAGAGUCCCUUGGCACAUAGAAGGUGGCAAGUUGCUCUUAGAGCUUAAUCGUGUCUUACGACCUGGAGGUCACUUUGUAUGGUCUGCUACUCCAGUGUAUCAAAAGGAUCCAGAGGAUGUUGAGAUUUGGAAAGCAAUGGGUGAAAUUACAAAGUCAAUGUGCUGGGAUCUGGUGGUAAUUGCAAAGGACAAAUUGAAUGGAGUGGCAGCAGCAAUAUAUAGAAAACCAACUGACAAUGAGUGCUAUAACAACAGAAUAAAACAUGAGCCACCAAUGUGCAGCGAAUCUGAUGAUCCAAAUACAGCCUGGAAUGUAUCACUACAGGCUUGUAUGCACAAAGUGCCCGUAGAUGCAUCAGAGCGUGGAUCAAUCUGGCCUGAGCAAUGGCCACUGAGGUUGGAGAAACCACCUUACUGGAUAGACUCUCAGGCUGGUGUUUAUGGAAGAGCUGCAUCAGUGGAAUUCACUGCUGAUUACAAGCAUUGGAAAAAUGUUAUUUCCCACUCGUAUUUGAAUGGAAUGGGUAUCAAUUGGUCUUCAGUAAGAAAUGUCAUGGACAUGAAAGCUGUCUAUGGAGGCUUUGCUGCAGCACUCAGAGCCCUGAAAGUGAAUGUUUGGGUAAUGAAUGUGGUUCCAAUUGAUUCUCCAGACACACUGCCAAUAAUAUAUGAGCGUGGAUUAUUCGGUAUUUAUCAUGAUUGGUGUGAAUCAUUGAAUACUUACCCUAGAUCAUAUGAUCUUCUGCAUGCCGACUCUAUAUUCUCAACACUUAAGGAAAAGUGCAACAUACUGGCAGUGAUUGCAGAAGUUGAUAGGAUCCUGAGACCAGAAGGAUAUUUGGUCAUAAGAGACAAUGUUGAAACUAUUGGCGAGAUAGAGAGCAUGGCUAAAUCUCUACACUGGGAUAUUCAGUUGACAUAUUCCAAAAAUGGGGAGGGAUUCCUUUGCAUUCAGAAGACAUUCUGGCGUCCAACAAAGGUUGAAACAGUUGCAUCAGCCAUUGCAUGAUUAGGAGGCUUCAGCUUCACCAUCUCAACAAGGCUGGCACACUCCUUUGUUUUGGCAGAAUACGUCUUCUUUUACUUCUAUGGUUGUAUUACUAGUAUUAAAGAGUGACGCAUUUACUUCUCUAUGUAAUAUCUAUUUAUUAUUUAUUAUUAUUUAAUGUAAAUUCGUGCUUUAUUAUUCAUCUAACACCCCUCUUACUUUAUGUUAUUUUGUUGAUUCAA